CCUUUUCUUUCAGGCAUGCUAAUCAAUAAUUCACCUGGCAGCUCAUAUCAGUGGCAUCUGCUCCCUUUUUCUCUCGCCCUCGACCGCUUGCCCGCUCUAAUCCACAGACUGAGCUGAAUUUCCAUCGCAAGAGGAUUUGGUCGAGGACAGAAUUUUUUUUUUUCAAGUGCGGAUUUGAGCGCUCUGUCCCCGGCUGCUGUCUCUUGCCGCUGUUACAUAUUUGAAUUUCAUAUUUGCACCAUGUCGGCAACCAGCAGUGACCAGCUGCACAAAUCCACCUUAUCCGUCUAUUCCAACCUGAUGGAGCAUUUCAACCCGGGCCUUCAGAAGCUCGUUGCUUUGGGAAACAGCUAUGUCAAAGCUUUCCAGGCAUUAGCUGUUUGUAGCGAGGGCUACUUCAGUGCUGUAGCCAAGAUGGGCGACCAGGCCAUUCACACACUAUCUUCUCGAUCUCUCGGGGAUGUCCUGAUCCAGUUAUCUGAGACACAACGAAGACUCACCGCUGAGAUGGAAGGAGUGUUCCGUUGGUUCCAGGUGGAGGUAUUACAAGCCAUGGAGAAGAACGUCAAGUUGGAUGAGGAGUAUAUCGAGGGGAGCCGGCGAGUGUAUGAAUUGGAGGUGAGGAACCAGGCAGAGGCUUUGGAGAAGCAGCUAAGACGGGGAGCCUUCAGGGACUCUCUGGAGAGCAGCGACUAUAUGCAGUACUUGAAACAGAGCCAGCAGGAGAUCCUGAAGGAGGAAGAGAGGCGAUAUCGUUUCCUGGCUGAGAAACACUGCGGUUUGGCCCAGUCACUUCUCUUCCUUGUUAACAAGACAGGCAUGGCUCUCCAGCAUAAAGCAGAAGGAUGGAAGGAGAAAGUCAAUGAGACCAGAGGUUCCGGAUCUCGGACUCCCACCAAUUUGGACCAAGAGGCACAGCUGCGAGGCUCCGUGAGCUCCCUGCUCCAGACGGUUGCCAGAGAUGACGACAUGUCCUGGGCCAGGCGUGAGCAACAGGCGCUGGGCAAGGUGCCCUCACGAGCGCCAUCACCCCUCCCCAGCCGCUCUCGCUCCAGCUCGGUGGGGGAAUCUCUGGGUCUAACCGGAGGGCGUCCCAUGAAGGCCCUGGUGUCUCAUCCCGCCUCAUCCAACCCCAAGCUGCUGCCUUUCAACCGUGGGGAGACAGUCACGGUGCUGGUCCAGGAACCGCGUAACGGCUGGUUGUACGGCCGCACCGACAGCAACUUAAGGCAGGGCUGGUUUCCUGCUGCUUAUGUUGGCCCCAUUGAUGAUUUCGACAGUGGCGACUCUCUCCGGAGUAGUAGUAUGAACAACCUGCUGGACCCCGGCAACACCCGAAACGACCAAUCAGAAAGCAGCAGUUACGGCGAUGUCCCUCCGCCGGCAACACCCAAUCGCAGAGCAUCUGUAGACUUCCGACUCGUCUCUCCGCUUCCUGAGAAGAAGGCGGAGCAGGUGGUGGAGCCGAAACCCGUUCAGACAAAAAUCGUAGCUGAGGCUCCGCCUCCUCCGCCCCCUCCCCCAAAGAGCCUGAAUCUCCAACGGGAAUCUGUGGAUUUGAGACCGGUUUCUCCCGCCAUCGACACACAGGCUUUAUCACCCAACGGCCCACCUGAGCACCCUCUAUUUCCAAGAGGCACAAACCCGUUCGCCACCGUGAAGCUUCGCCCCACCAAGACCGAUGACCGAUCCGCCCCUCGCAUCCUUUGAUGGGGGGGGGGCAGUCUCGGGGUUUGUACAUGAGCAUGAAACAUUUAAAAGAAUAUUUACGCAGUUUUUAGGUGGAUUCAUUGUUUGGGUGUCACCAUCCCCGCACCCUCGUGAAACACAUUUUGUUUUGUUAUUAAAAAAACAAACAAAUCUCAAAUACUUUUCCUGGUUUUCUAUUUUGUAAGGCAUGAAAGGUGAUUCAGUCAAUUAUUAUACUUCCACUUUUCUUAUUUCAAUGCUGAUGGUGUAUUUUAAUAUUCAACAGGUUUGUUUUGGAGGUAACAAGAAGUAAAAAAAGAAAUAUCCAUGACUCAAUCACUCUUUUAUUGUCAUUUCUUACUGUCUUCUCUCACUUUCUUGGUUGUGAAUUUUUAGGCACGGAUGAGUGGGGCUGCGUGGUGAAGAGCAAAAGAAUGCGGGUGCACUGGCAUGUGACCAAACCAUAAAAAUGAACAGUUCUGAAAAAGAAUCAUUUGGAAUACAACAUCACUAGCACCAAGCCAUCUUUAUGAGCUCAUCAAGAACGAUUGAGAAGUACAUUUGAUACCCAACAAAAACAUGUAACCCAAAU